UGUAUGUUGACUGUUGACAUUCUGUGGGCUGCUGUUGGUAUAUUUCAGUGCGCAGAGAGGAAACAAUUCAACCAAUAGAUAAAGUCCUCUGCUUAGACCGUGUGUUGUAUGACCAUGGGGUCGCUAGAGGAACACAAGGAACUAAAGGAACCCAGGGAACAUGUUCAGUUAGUCGUCAAUGGAACUCCAUACACAGUCAGCAGAGAUUACCCAGCGUCCACCACUCUCCUGGAGUUUCUGAGACACGAGGGCAUCUCGACCGGCACCAAAGCCUGCUGUUACGAGGGAGGAUGUGGCGUCUGUCUGACCGCGGUCAGCGUGCUGGAUCCAGUGUCUGGCACCAGGAGAACGAACAGCGUGACGUCGUGUUGUCUGCUGCUGUACGCCUGCGAUGGGGUGGAGGUUACGACCAUCGAGGGGCUGGGGAGCACCCGGGGCGGUGUCCACCCCGUGCAGGAGAAGCUGGCGGUGCACGACGGGGCGCAGUGUGGGUACUGCUCCCCCGGGCAGGUCAUGAACAUGUAUGGACUUUUGAAAAACAACCCCAAACCAACAAUGAAGGAAGUUGAAGACGCUUUCGAUACGACCAUCUGCCGAUGUACAGGUUAUAGACCGAUUCUCGACGCGAUGAAAUCCUUCGCCGUAGACGCCCCGGAGUCACUGAAAGGGGGAGUCAUCGACAUUGAGGAAUUAGAUGGUAAAAUGUGUAAAAAAUCUGGCCAGAAAUGUAACGGACAUUGCAGCACCAACCAUUUUCAAUCCAAGUGCUCUUCUGGCAUCAAGGGAUCCGCCCAUGAAGUCAGUGAUCACGUGCACGACGUCACGAACCAAGUCCAUGACGUCAGUAACAACACACAUAACGGUAGCGUCAAUGGGCAUGACGUCACCAAAGAUGUAGAAGAUGAAAAAGAAAAGCAAAAUAAGAAAGAUAAAAAGGAUAAAAAAGACAAAAAGGAAAAGAAAGACAAAGAUAAAGAUUCAGAAGAUAAAAAACACAAAGAUAAAGAUUCAGAAGAUAAAAAACACAAAGAUGAUAAAAAAGAAAAACACAAAGAGGACAAAGAAAAUAAGAAAAAUAAGGAAGACAAAAAAGAGAAAGAUGGCGAUAAGGACAAACACAAGCAAGGGGCUUUCAACAGCCACGACAACCCUAACAGUAAGGGAGGUAAAUCUAACUGGGCGAGGCCAUCAAGUUUGUCAGAGUUAUGUACCCUGAUCAAGCGACAAACUGGGAAGUACAAACUGGUGUUUGGUAACACAGGAUUUGGGGUGUACAAAGAACUCAAGUCCAGCAACUAUAACUCUUUUAUUGAUCUCAGGGGAGUUAAGGAACUUUACACUGCUCAUAUGAACAGGGAGGAUGAAGUAACCCUGGGUGCGAACCUAACCAUCACAAACCUGAUCCAGCUGUUUGAAGCCAGCACCGACCCCCACCUCCCCUACACCCACAGUCUCGCCAAGCACCUCAAGUACGUGGCCUCCUCUGGGGUCAGAAAUCAAAGUGUUGGGUAUGUGGUUACAGGCUUCAACUUUCAAGUGGAUAAAGCGGAUGGAUUAACGGUCAAAUCCAGGCCGAUUAUUGUCGUACAAGGGAUUAGUGCUCAACUGAUCCAUGCAAGAAAAACGGAAGAGUUUCUGACCAACAAGAAACUCUCUGACCCAAAUGUUCUUAAAGGUGCCCUUGACCUUCUGUCUGAAGAGGUUGUCCCAGAUUCUGGACCAUUGCUUGCGUCAUCACAGUACAGGAAGUCACUGGUACUCGGCCAUUUUUAUAAGUUUGUACUUUCAGUGUGUAAGGACAAGGUGGACAAGAGAUUGACCAGUGGGGGGUGGGACAUCGACAGACCGGUCAGUUCUGGUACACAGGACCAUGGGGUCUCAGACACCAGCAGGUUCCCGGCAGGCCAGCCUAUGAUGAAAGUCACAGCCAGACAUUUGACGACAGGUGAAGUGAAGUUCCUCAACGACAAGCCGGUUGUUCCCUCCCUGCUUCAUGCCGCUGUUGUACUCAGUACUCAGGGGAACGCUCGCAUUGACGUCAUCGAUCCAAGUAUCGCUCUGAAAACUCCAGGCGUUGUCAAGUUCCUACAAGCCUCAGACAUCCCAGGGGAGAAUAACUGGCGACCCAGGAGCUGGUACGGUGGGGCCGUGUCUGAGUUGUUCAGCACGGGUGAAGUUCUCUACGCGGGACAAGCCAUUGGUCUGAUUGUUGCAGAGAGCGAAAGUAUUGCCCAGAAAGCUGCGCAAGACGUCAUUGUGACGUACAAAGACGUAAAGCCCGUCAUUCUUGACGUCAUGGAAGCCAUUAAGCAGAAGUCGUUUUUCCCCAAGCUUGGGCCGUACACAAGAGGCGAUGCUGCAACUGCCAUGGCGAGCGCUCCACAUAAGAUCAAGGGCACCACGCGCACAGGUGAGCAGUACCACUUUCACCUGGAGAACCAGACAGCCGUCUGCUCCCCCACGGACGUGGGCGGGAUGGACGUGUCCUCCACCUCACAGUGGAUUGACGUCACACAGGAAACGGUGGCCCAGGUGCUGGGGAUGGACGUCUCCAGCGUCAGUGUGGAGACUGAGCGACUAGGCGGGGCGUUUGGGGGCAAGAUUUUCUACAACAUCCCCGUGGCCGGGAUGUGUGCAGUGGCGGCCAAGUCCCUCAUGAGACCUGUGAAGCUUCACCUUGAUCUUAACACCAACAUGCAGUUCCAAGGCUGUAGGCAAGGUUACUACUAUGAAUACGAGGUGGGAUUUGAUGACGGAGGCAAACUUCUGGCAGUGGUUGCCACUGGUUACAGUGAAGCUGGCUGCAACUUUUUCCCUCUAGACGGGGAUGAACACACACAGACUUGGGUGGACAAUGCCUACUUCAGCCCCAACUGGUCGUGGACUAUCCAGCCUUGUAAGUUGAACAGACACGUCGGCACAGCCAUGAGAGCUCCAGGUUCUGCCACUACCAUGUUUGCUAUGGAAUCGAUCCUGGACCAUGUGGCAACAUACCUGAAAAAAGAUCACUUGGAAAUCCGCAAGAAAAAUCUCUUUGAGAAAGGACAGGUAACCCUGUCAGGAAUGGUGCUAGAACAGUGCCUGAUACGUCAGAUGGUUCAACAAAUGGAGGCGAACAUUUUGUACACUGAGAGGAAAAAAUCUGUGGAGGAAUUUAACAAAAACAACCGCUGGCGAAAGCGAGGCUUGCACGUGAUGCCCAACAGGUACGCUUUCACCUACACCUGGCUGUCCUUUAACACAAGCGUCAUCAUCUACCACGCUGACGGAAGUGUCGUCAUCGCCCACGGUGCCAUCGACAUGGGUCAGGGCAUCGACACCAAGGCCAUCCAAACCUGCGCCCACAAGCUGGGCGUCCCCGUGGAGAAGAUCAGAGUAGUCAAGAAGUCCACGACGGUCAACGCCAACUCACAUUUUACAGGCGGGUCCGUGUGUUCUGAGCUCAUCUGUCUGGCGGUCAUCAAAAGCUGCGAGAAGCUGCUAGAACGUCUGGCACCAAUCAGAGCCAAGCUCAAAGACCCGACAUGGCAGGAACUUGUGUCCACGGCGUAUGGUAGUGGCGUCAAUCUCACGGCACAAUACUGGCCGGAAGCUGGCGAUGCUAUACCAGCGUACAACGCUUACAGCGUCAGCUGCUGUGAGGUGGAACUGGACGUCCUGACUGGGCAGUACCAAAUCUUGCAGGUCGAUUACCUCUACGACUGUGGCACCAGUUUGAAUCCUCAGCUGGAUGUUGGUCAACUAGAAGGGGCUUUUAACAUGGGCUGUGGGCUUUUCCUAUUAGAGGGGCUGACACAUGACCCAGUUAGUGGCAAAGUGCUGACUGAUGGAACCUGGAACUACAAGCCCCCAAUGCCAAAAGAUCUGCCUAUUGUCUUCAACAUCAAAUUUCUCCGGAACUCGCCAAACCCAGUAGGUGUGCUGGGUUCAAAAGCUGUAGGUGAAACCCCGGUGGCUCAGGGCUCGUGCCCAUUGUUUGCUCUCAAGAGGGCAGUGGAGGCGGCAAGGGAGGAAAUAGGUCAACAUGGCUGGUUUCCUUUACACGCCCCAGCAACAGUAGAGAAACUCCAGAUGGCUUGCCUAAAUGAUGCCUCACAUUAUACCAUCUUCAACUGAGAGAACAGGGGAGGGUAAUUACUGAUUACAAAAGAAAUGUUACUCUUGUACUAGUUAUUUUGCGAUUGAACAUUACUGUUUGAAUAUCUACAAUAAAAUUACAGUAUUUUUUGUCAAAACGUAGAUUUACAGAAGAUAUUUAAAUGUUUAUUAGAAUGUAGAAAGUUUAGUGGAGCUCACUUAAAAUUUAAUUUUUAAAAUAAUAUUUAUUUUCUGAAAUUUUAAAACUAAACUUUGAAGUUUCUUUUUACUAGCGAGCGACAACUGCAUUUUAUUUUACGUCACCGGGCAAGGCUUAAAGUUCAGCUGAAUGUCAGAUGUAUUAUCGCUGCACUUUACGUUACCAACUCUAGUUAUCUAAUUCACUUCAAUUCUCGUGGUCGAAUGGUAGAGCACACGGCUGCUAAUCCAAUGGUCUCAAGUUCAGAUCUCUAACUCAAUCCGUAGCUUGUCUCUGACUCCACCUCGCUCUGAUAGUUUCCCGACUCCACCUGGUUCUGAGUUUCCCGA